AUGACGGAGACGUUGUCGCCAAAACAAAAGGCAGACCUCUCUGGCGGCAGCCAGGAUGUACAGCAGCAGCGGACGGGAAGCGCUGACCAUGCCGACCGGGUCCUCAUCAACGCCUCGGGUCACGUUCAAGAGCUGCCCAGAAACUUUAGCUUGAUAUCACUCGCAGGAGUCGGGGUGACUGUGGGAAAUGUUUGGCCUGCAAUCGGUGGAUCGAUCCUGACUGCCAUCUUCAACGGCGGGCCACCCGGGGUGAUAUACGAAUUCAUCACCGUCUCGGUCUUCUACUGGUGCGUCGCGGCGUCCAUCGCCGAACUGGCCAGCGCCAUCCCCACUGCCGCAGGCGUCUACCACUGGGCGACGGUGACGCCGGGGAGCGCGCGGUGGGGCCGGCCGAUAGGGUACUUUGCCGGGUGGUGGAACUACCUGGCCUGGGUGGCGGGGGCGGCGAGCAUGGCGUCCAUCUUUGGCAACACCAUCGUGCAGAUGUACGCGCUGAACCACGCCGACUUUGCCCCGCAGCCCUGGCACGUCUUCGUGGUCUACAUGGUGGCGACGUGGGCCGCCUGCGCCGCCGUCUGCCUCGCGAACCGCGUCAUGCCGCACCUCAACAACCUGGGCAUCUUGUUCAUCGUCGUCGGCUUCCUCGUCACCGUGACCGUCGUGACGGCCAUGCCGGGCCGCGACGGGCGGGCCCCGCACGCCUCGUCGGCCUUCGUCUGGACGUCCUGGCGCGCCGACCUCGGGUACCCGGACGGCUUCGUGUUCGUGGCCGGAAUGCUCAACGGCGCCUUCUCCGUCGGGGCCGUCGACGUGGUGACGCACCUCUCCGAGGAGAUCCCGCGGGCCUCGCGCAACGUGCCGCUGGCCGUCCUGAUGCAGGUCGGCAUCGGCUUUGCCACGGGGCUCGCCUACCUCGUGGCCGUCAUGUACGCCAUCAACGACUACGACGCGCUCCUGACCGCGCCUUACCCCAUCGCCGCCAUCUACCGCCAGGCCACGGGGUCCGCCGCCGCCGCCACGGGCCUGCUGGCCCUCGUGCUGGCCUGCAUCUCGCUCAACGUCGUGGGCCUGCACAUCACCGCCGGCCGCACCCUGUGGGCGCUCGCGCGCGACGGCGCCGCGCCCCUGCCGCGCCUCCUGGGCCGCGUCGACCCGCGCCUCGACGUGCCCGCCAACGCGACCCUGGCGUCCGCCGUGCUCGUCACCCUCCUGGGCGUGCUGUACGUCGGCAGCACCACCGCCUUCAACGCCUUCGUCGGCUGCUUCGUCCUCAUGUCCAGCAGCUCGUACCUGGCCGCCAUCCUGCCGAACCUGCUGACCGGGAGGCGGAACAUUCAGUACGGCGUCUUCAGGCUGAAAGGGUGGCUGGGCUUCGCCCUCAACGGCGUGGCGUGCGCCUACAUGGUGGUCUGGUUUGUGAUCUACUGCUUCCCCUUCUCGCUGCCUGUCGACGCCAAGAACAUGAACUAUGCCAGUGUCAUAUGGGGCGGCACGACGACGCUGGCGGGGCUCUGGUGGGCCUUUGGAGCGAGGCAUGGCUAUCAGGGUCCCAAGACGACGGGAGGUGUCACGGUUGACGUUUUGGAGGCGGAUCUAGCCCAUGUCGACCUUGUUGCUGGGCAGCAUAGAUAG